GAGACCGAAACUAGAAGGUCGAGUAAACUUAGAGCUACGCAAGGUCGACUAAUGUUAGAAUCGACUCUUUCCUAAUUAUGUGGUGAGGAUGGCGGGGCGGAAGCCGGGGAUAAACGAUAGCGCGCGCUCCGGACGUCUCUUCCGGUCACGUGACGGCCGAGGAGGAGGAAGCGCCGGCGUCGAACUUAGAGACAAGGCGCGACGUUCGCGAAGACGGAAAGAGUGAGGAGUCAUGAAUACACAACACGGGAAUGUCACGCGAUCUCUCCCGAAAGGUGGUCGGGGAUGGCUACCGUUGCUGCUACUGAUCCUGCACCCGGUCAUCUUAACAAAAGGCGAGUUAGAAGACACCUGCGACGUUUUCUCCCCUUCUAUCUACUGUAACUGCGAAUUUCGUCGUUCCGACGAAGGAAGGAGCCUCAACUGCUACGUCGGAGGACCUCUGACACCUCGAGAUGGCAUCUGGGAGGAGAUAGGCUUUCGUAAUGCCACUUACCUCGGUUUGGUAUGCAAGUUGGGGUCCGAACUUGAUUUCGUGCCCGUCGCGGCUCUCGGGGCCCUUCCCGAUUUGCGCGCUCUCAGAUUUCGACAAGCCCGUUUGGGAUCCCUAUCUUCGGGUUCAUUUUCCAACAAUCGACUGGUCGACAUCGAUCUGAGUAGCAACGAAAUCGAAAGAUUGGAGCCUGCAGCUUUCGUGAGCAUGGAAAAUCUCGAGAGGUUAUCUCUGACGGAUAACUUAAUAACGAAGAUCGAAAAGGGUUCCUUCGUCCGAUUACCCAAAUUAAGGGACCUCUUCCUCGACGGAAACCAGAUCGUGACCAUCCAAAGCGGAUCAUUCGAAGGAUUAUCCGGUCUAGUGGAUAUGAUUCUGUCCAGUAACAAUCUGACCCGAUUGGAGGAGGGUACCUUUAAGGGCCUAACUCGUCUGGACUUUUUGGACCUAUUCCGUAAUCAAAUUACAGAACUUCCAGAGAACGCCUUCCUUCCUCUGAGUAACUUGAGCCGAUUGGAUCUGUCGAGAAACAGGAUUUCCUCCAUCCAUCCUUCAUCUUUUCGGGGUCUGAACCAUCUCACGGUUCUGCUGCUCAACUAUAACAAAUUACAGACGUUGCCGAAUCGAUUGUUUAUGCCCGUCCCCCAAUUAAGACAGAUAGGUCUUGAUUUCAACUUACUUCACGGGUUAUCUCCUUACCUUCUUUCUUACUUGGAUCGACGACUAGAAAGAGACUUCAUCUUCCGUUUCAAAGAAAACCCUCUUAGAUGCAACUGCGGGCUUUGGUGGACAGCAACCCACUACUUAAACAAUUCGCAGAGUCUGCUGUGGAAGAAGCAACUUAGACACGUCAAAUGCAGUUUCUCCGACUCGGUCGCAGGAGGAGACACUCAGAGAGUGAUGAAGCUAGCCUCGGAUGAAGUGGGAUGCGGAAACGACACCGCGAAAUAUUUGGAGCCGCCGGAUUUCGCGGAAGCUGAAACGAUCCAGAGAGAUCAAAAUCGUGAGAGAUUCACCAAUAGAGAAGUUCGAGGACCAAAUAGGAUAGAGACGAACGACGAGCAGGACACUCAUUCGCGCGCUUCUUCCUCUACCCGCAACGAACAGUUGUUGGCAGCUUCCGCUUCCGUUUUAGUCCUCCUCAUUAGGAACCUUUCCUAGUGUUCUAUCGAUGACGAUUUAGUUGUAUAUUUUGUAAU